AUUGCGCAAUGGCUGCGCAUGCAAGCGUGUGUUGCUGAUUGUUGUGCAACUCGAAGAUCGGCGAGUAAAUAAAGAACUAUCGAAACGUCAUCUCGCAUUAACCAACGACAAGUGCCAUCUCAUGGCUGCGUCAGCCGCCGUUUCAGAAAUCCCUCAUCCGUGGGCAAGAGACACUCGUUUGGCGCCAUGUUCACUAAGCGACGUCAUGGACGAAGAACUGGCAAGUGAACUACAGAAAGAAGAAGAAGAAACCGUCUAUCAUCACGAAACCGACACAACAGAUGUAAGUUUCGACACAACAAGCGAAGCAGACACGAGUAACGACGCUCUGGUCGCUCAACUUCUUCAGUUAGAGUUUGAUCGUGAACAUGAUCGCCACUUGAAGGCGCAAGAAAAGCACGUGAAUGGCAACAGCAAAGUGAGCAUUUCCUUAGCCAACUACAGAUCCGUCCAUCCCUCACUGGUCGAUGAGGAUGAUGAAUGGGAAGUGGAAGAGGUCGAGGUGAAGAGUGUGCCCAAGGCGCCCACCAGUAGUAACAGACGUGGGAGGAGGAGGCAUAAACCUGGCACUCCUACUAAGCAUGAUCCCGAGGUCUGCGGUCGUCGUAAUAUCGAACGAAUCGAGAGUUUUCCUCCACAUUUUUCUGCUGGCGACGUGACGUCACCACAGGACGACUUUCGGUUACCCAAUCACGUGUACACAGUGCUGAAACAGCAUUCGAUCAAAGAAGAGAGGCAGAGUCAGAGGAUACACGAGAAGAAGGAGCACUCGACACAGAACGUGUCGCUCGAUCCGAACACACGACUCGUGUUGUUCAAGUUUGUCAACAGUGGGAUGCUUACUGAAGUCAAUGGUUGUAUCAGUACGGGCAAAGAGGCCAGCGUGUUUCAUGCAGUAGGAGGCAGUUGUGAAGACAUGGAGAUUCCCGGUGAGUGUGCAAUUAAGGUAUUCAAGACGACGUUGAACGAGUUCAAAACGCGAGACAAAUACGUUAAGGGCGAUCAUCGAUUCAAAUCUCAAUUUAGCAGACAGAAUCCACGAAAGACUGUGCGACUAUGGGCAGAGAAAGAAGCAAGGAAUCUGUUGAGAAUCGAGAAAGUAGGCAUUCCUUGUCCGAGAUUGGUUAAACGUCGUGAUCACGUGAUUGUCAUGAGUUUUAUCGGACAAGAUCGACAGCCAGCACCUCAGUUGAAGUACGCAAAUCUGAAGGGCAGAGAUAUGUCAGAAGCAUACAGUCAAUGUGUCGACAUGAUGAAGCAGCUGUACGAAGGUUGUAAGCUAGUACAUGCCGAUCUCAGCGAGUUUAAUCUUCUCUGGCAUCGUGACACUCUAUACGUCAUUGAUGUGAGUCAAGCUGUCGAUCCUUCUCAUCCCAGUGCACUAAGCUUUCUCUUGAGAGACUGCAGGAAUGUUGUUAAAUUUUUUCAAACGGAAGGAGUUGAAGAUGUCAUGCCCGUUCACGAAUUGUUCAACUACGUGACUGGCCUGGAGAUGGAAGCCGGUGGAGAAGAAGCUUUGGUUUGUCAAGCAAAACUGUUCAAUAGGAGACAAGCAAGAAUAGAACAGCAGAGAGAAAUGCCUCGGUGUGAUGACGAAGUGGGUAAUGAAGGUUUUUGCACAUAAUUAGAGACGGAAUAAUUGGCUUGGUGACCGAGUCUAAUUGUGUAGUGUAGUUUGGUUGUUACUGUAUCUGAUGCGAUGUACAUGUAUGUAUUUGACAAUAUGUAUUACAGUAUUUGACAAUAUUAUGUCACUUGUAUUUGUUGGUUGUUAAAUGAUACUUGACUUGCUUUAACGGUUUC